UAUAUCUUCGUUCUGACAUUCUCUUCCCAUAAUCAGAAGUCUCUGGUGUUCACAUUCUCACUCAGACGUUUCAUCGAACAAUUUCACACAUAUCUCUCUAUCUUUUUCUCUCCAUUCGUUCGAUGGAAAUUGGUUCGUUCCCAUUUCUUAGUCAAGAUGAUCAUUCGUACUUCUACAGUUUAUUUCAGGAAAUGGAAAAUCCCAAUGUGAACAACAAUUCGAUAAAGCGACGAAGGAAAGACGGCGAUGGCGGCGAUAAAGAUGAAACGAAUAAGAGCGCGUUGAAGGAGAUACUUACUUCGUUAGUCUUGUUAGACGAGGAGGAGAAGCAAGAUCAAGAGCUGUGGGUUUCGGAGGCUCAGCAAGAUAAGGCCCUCUUCGAGGCCACCCACAAGCAGAAGACUCGAGUUAUGAACGAUUACCAUUCCGAGCUCCAAAACCAGUACUCUGAUUUGGAGCAAUUGGAUUCAUCGAGAAUUAAACGGACCCGACGCUCUGCUGUUUCCGCCGCCGCCGCGGUUUCAGCGGAAAAUGCCGGGUCGAAAAGUCCGCCACAGCAGCCUGCGGCGACUGGAGCAGGGGCCCAGCAGCAGCAUCGCAGGCUGUGGGUGAAGGACCGGUCCAAGGACUGGUGGGACCAGCACAACCACCCGGAAUUUCCCGAGGAGGAUUUCCGCCGCGCGUUUCGGAUGAGCAAGGCCACGUUCAACAUGAUCUGCGAUGAGCUCGAAGCCGUUGUUACUAAGAAAAACACGAUGCUCCGCGAUGCAAUUCCGGUUCGCCAACGCGUUGCGGUGUGCAUAUGGAGAUUGGCUACAGGUGAGCCUCUUCGACUUGUGUCGAAGCGGUUCGGGUUGGGUAUAUCCACUUGUCACAAGCUUGUUCUCGAGGUUUGCUCGGCGAUUCGGAGUGUUCUAAUGCCCAAGUUCCUCCAAUGGCCUGACGAGAAUAAUUUGAAGAUGAUUAAGGAUGAGUUUAAGUUACUUUCGGGGAUACCCAACAUUGGUGGUUCGAUGUAUACGACCCAUGUUCCCAUCAAAGCGCCAAAGGUUAACGUUGCUGCUUACUUUAACAAGCGGCACACAGAUAGGAACCAGAAGACCUCGUACUCUAUAACGGUUCAGGGGGUUGUCGAUCCUAGGGGAGUUUUCACUGAUGUUUGUAUCGGUUGGCCUGGUUCGAUGCCUGAUGAGCAGGUGUUGGAGAAGUCUGCGCUCAGCCAGAGGGCCCAGAUGGGGCUCUUGAAGGACGUAUGGGUUGUUGGGAAUUCUGGGUACCCUCUCACGGACUCUGUUUUAGUCCCCUACACGCACCAGAACCUCACAUGGUGUCAGCACGCGUUCAACGAGAAGAUCGGGGAGGUUCAAAGGAUUGCCAAGGAGGCAUUUGCGAGGUUUAAGGGGAGAUGGACUUGCUUGCAGAAGAGAACAGAGGUGAAACUCGAAGAAUUGCCAGUGGUUCUUGGGGCUUGCUGCGUCUUGCACAAUAUCUGUGAGUUGAGGAAUGAAGAGAUGGAUCCGGUUCUGAAAUUUGAGCUUUUUGAUGAUGAAAUGAUUUCUGAGAAUGGCUUGAGGUCUGUGGGUUCAGUACAGGCUAGGGAUCAAAUUGCUCACGAUCUGUUACACCAUGGCCAAGCAGGCACUAGUUAUAGUUAGUUGAUCAGAUUUUAGUUGGAAUUCUUGUACUGUGAUUUUUGUCAUUCUUUUGGCUAUAGCUCCUUAUAGCUAUUCAUAUUUGUACAGUAAGAGAUGGUUUUUUUGUAUACUUCUUCUUCUUCAACAUGGCAAUAUCUUCAUUUGAUUUAGUAA